UCCCAAGAUGGAUAUCCACGACGAAAGAAAGAUCAUGCGCUGUUGACAUAGUUAAAUACGUGUAAGAUUUUCAAGAAAAUAGAAAUUGAUUCAGCACUUGAAUUGAUGUGUCAUGCUUGCCUUCGUCUCUCCAAUUUACACCCAUGGCGUUCCCUGCUACACUUGUUAUUCUUCCAAUCGGCACUCUUUUCAUUCUUUCAGGCCUCAUUGUCAAUGUUAUUCAGGCUAUCAUCUUUCUCUUUAUCCGUCCAAUAUCAAGGAGAUUUUACAAGAGAAUAAACAAAGUGAUCACAGAAUCACUAUGGUUGGAGCUCGUAUGGCUCAUCGAUUGGUGGGCAGGCAUCAAGAUUGACCUGUACACAGAUUCAGAAACUUUUCAGCUAAUGGGUAAAGAAAAUGCACUUCUGAUCUGCAACCACAGAAGUGACAUAGAUUGGCUUAUUGGAUGGGUCAUGGCUCAGCGCUCUGGUUGCCUUGGUACCACUGUAGCCAUUAUGAAGAAAGAAGUCAAAUACCUUCCUGUUAUAGGUUGGUCAAUGUGGUUUGCUGAAUUUUUAUUUCUGGAAAGAAAUUGGACUAAAGAUGAACUAGCACUGAAGUCAGGUUUUGAGAAGCUAGAACACAUCCCACUGCCUUUUUGGUUGGCCCUUUUUGUUGAAGGAACUCGCUUUACACAGACAAAGCUUUUAGCUGCUCAAGAGUUUGCAGUUUCAAAAGGACUUCCUAUACCUAGAAAUGUUUUGAUUCCUCGUACUAAGGGUUUUGUCUCUGCUGUGAAAAAUACACGGUCAUUCAUUCCAGUCAUCUAUGAUUGCACAUUUGUUGUUCCGAAGAGUGAGCCUUCACCGACAAUGUUGAGAAUAUUCAAAGGCCUUUCUUGUUCGGUGAAGAUUCAACUUAAGCGACACAAAAUGGAGGAACUUCCAGAAACAGAUGAUGGCAUUGCACAAUGGUGCAAAGACUCUUUUGUUGCCAAGGAUGCUCUACUGGAGAAAUAUAAUACCACAGAGAUAUUCAGUGAACUAGAACUUCAUCAAACCGCUCGGCCUAAAAGAUCUAUAUUUGUUGUUGUUGCUUGGUCUUGUCUUCUUGGGUUCCUUCUUUAUAAGUUCUUCCAGUGGUCCUUACUCCUCUCCUCAUGGCAAGGGAUCUUAUUUACAGUGCUUUUCCUGCUUCUCGUUGCAUUCAUUAUGGAAAUCCUCAUUCAUUCGUCUGAAGCAGAGCGUUCUAAGCCCACCAAUUUACCUAUACAAGACCCCAUGAAGCAGAAGCUUCUUCAGACAUGAAUCUCAUCUCUCUAUCUCCCUUAUUUUUCUGGUUUGAAAGUGCAGGGUUUGUUAAGUAGUGCUGCUAUCUAUACUAGCUCCAGUUGGUAGAAAAAGAGAAAAAAAAGAAUAGAAAACUUGAAAGGUGUUUUAUUAAUUCUUUUCGAAGCAUUGAGUAUAUGAGAUGAACAUAAUUAAGUA